CGAGAGGAAAAAAGAAGGCCGAGCGGAGUCCCACGCUUUCCCUCCAAAUCUCCGAUUUCCUCCUCCUCCUCUCCUUCCGAGGCUCCGGCCAGCCCCUUUCGGAAGAUGGCCGGGCUGAACAGCAAGAUUAGCUCCGCAGAGGCAGCGGCGCCGGGACGCAGCGGCCGAGGGGUCGUGAUUUCAGAUGACUGGCCGGGAUAUAGCUUGGAUCUCUUUACGUAUCCACAGCACUAUUAUGGGGAUCUUGACUAUGUGCUCAUUCCACAUGGGAUCAUUGUGGACAGGAUAGAGCGUUUGGCCAAAGAUAUCAUGCAAGAUAUUGGAUACAAUGACAUUGUGGUUCUCUGUGUACUUAAAGGUGGCUACAAAUUCUGUGCUGACCUUGUGGAACAUAUUAAGAAUCUCAGUAGAAAUUCAGAAAGGUUCAUCUCCAUGAAAGUUGACUUUGUCAGACUGAAAAGUUACUGUAAUGACCAGUCUUUGCAAGAUACGCAGAUAAUUGGGGGAGAGGACUUUGCGGAGCUGACAGGAAAGAAUGUAUUAAUUGUGGAGGAUAUUAUUGGAACCGGAAGGACAAUGAGAGCCCUACUCAACCACAUUGAGAAAUACAAGCCCAAAAUGGUUAAGGUAGCAAGUUUGUUGCUGAAAAGAACAUCUCAACCUGAUGGAUACAGACCUGAUUAUUAUGGAUUUGAAAUUCCAAAUUUAUUUGUGGUGGGCUAUGCCUUAGACUACAAUGAGCAUUUCAGAGAUCUAAACCACAUAUGCGUUAUCAAUAACCACGGCAAAACCAAAUACAGAGUCUAAAGAAGUGGUUUGCUGGGCUGAACUGGAAUUUUGGUAGGAUCUGCUGAAGAACAAUGCAACUGACAUCCAUCUCACUCAUCCUGGACUCAAAAAGUGGUAUUUCCCAUGACCAGCCUCCUCACACUUGGUCAUCGUAGGCCUUCUUAAUACCUCAAUCAGGACAAAACAUCUAGAAUUGUAAUUUUUCAUAAUCGUUCAUAUAAUGAGCUUUGUUCAGAAUAAAGAGAUGAUAGGUAAGGCAGAGAUAUUUGGUUUUACCCAUUAACCCAUAGAACAAGUACCUUUAGGAAAGAAUCUAAAACACAAAUGUGCUUACCAGAUAUGUCUGUGCCUUCCUGCUGACUCUUCUUUUACUUCUUUCUGUCCUUUGCCUCUCUUUACACCUUUGGAAACGCUUGUG